GCAAAAGUCACAAGUUUCAAUUGAAAUUGAAACACAAGUUUGUGCCAUGACUUCUCUAUUCAAUCUCCUGCUCUUCUUCUUUUUCCUGGUUCUCCCAUUUGUUUCUAAUGCCCAAUCCGAUGAUCCCUUGGGCCAAUUCUGCAACCAAGACACGGUCAUCAGCAAGGCCAGCCCGAUUUGGUCGAACAUCGACCAUGUCCUGACCGAGUUGGUAUCGAAAGCUCCAUCAACUGGCUUCCUCACGACCUCUUACGGCUCAGGCAAUGACAAGGUAUAUGGCCUAGCGCAAUGCAGAGGAGAUGUAAGCCAAGAUGACUGCUCGAGUUGCAUCCAAGAUGCGGGCAAGCAAAUCCGCCAGCUCUGCCCGGACCAGGCUGAUGCGAGGAUCUGGUAUGACUAUUGCUUUCUACGGUAUGACGACAAAACUUUCAUCGGUGAGGUCGACACGUAUUCUGGGAUAUUUUAUAUCAAUGUCGAGAAUGUGACUGACCCCGAAAAGUUCAAUAAAGAGCUAGGGAGGCUGAUGGACCGGAUCGAAGCCGAUGCGGUCGUGCCUGAGAACAGAGGGCUCGGGAAAAGCAAGACUAAGCUCACACCAUUCAUCACUCUCUAUGCAUUGGUCCAAUGCACCAGAGACCUGCCCAAGCUGUCCUGUGCUCAGUGCUUGGCCAUUGCUGUCGGGAAUUUCCCAGGUAUCUGCAAUAGCCGGAAGGGUUGUCGAGUUCUGUAUAGCAGUUGUUACGUCCGAUAUGAGCUCUAUCCGUUUUUCUUUCCGCUCGAUAGAAAUGACAGUAACAUUGCUAGCGGGCAAACUAUAAAGAAGUUGGUCUAUCCAUAGACUACAUCUACACAAAUUACUUGCUAUUAUAGCUAAAGCUACCCGUUUGAUGGCUGAUGUAACUCCGGCGCCAAAGGCGCAAGACAAUAAAAGAUAACUAUAUACGAACGAUGCACUAUGGGCAUCGAAUAUGGUUCACUCGCUA